GUGGGGGUGGGAGCUGCCGGAUGAGCUGCUGUGGCUCUCGGAGCGCAGGACCACACCAUCGCUGCAGCCUGCACCCUCGCGGCCCGGUAAACUUGACAGUUUCUUAUAGAGCACAGAAGCCAUGGUGGUGUCAUGGAAUAUUGUCAAUUUCGGUUACAUUUCAUCAUGGUCAAGUCAACUCCAGGAGGCAGCAUCAUGGAUGAUUUGGCUUAUGUUCUGCUUUUGUCUUCUACAGAAACUUGUGUCUCACUGUUGUCUCCUUCCUGGCUCGGGUUAUCAUAUGGCACAUCCAACUGUGAGUGUGGGAAGAUGGCAUAAUCCUCUGACUGUGUCAGAUUCUUAGGAAAUUGUGACUCUUAUAAGAUGGCACAGUCUCUUCCCUGAUGUGUGUCAAGUUCUUAGAAAAUUGUGUGCUAUGCUAAGGAAUCAAAAAGGUGAAAGGGUCUGGACCCUAUCCUUGCCCACUUCGUUUCUGGCCUCCACAUCACAAAGGGCACAGAAGAUACAAAAAUAAUCCAUGGGCAAUAUAGUGCCUGUCUCAGAAGAUCGGCUGCUAAUCCUCAUACUGAUUGGCUCCAGAAUUAUCUGUUACUGCUGCUUGAACAUCAUAUUCCUUUUCAAAAGAGCAAGAAAUCAGGCUGCUGCUGCUACUUGGAAGAUUUCUCUCCACUAGAGAAGUCUCAUGUGAAUUAAGAAAAGGCAGAGACCAUUGACAUGAGGACCAGUUUAAAUAGAUGAUUACAAAAAUAAGAAAUUAAGAAUGGUUUUCUAUCUCUGUUCCGGUCCGUGUCCGGAGUUGGUUCCUGCCGGUGGGUUCCUGGUCUCGCUGACUUCAAGAAUGAAGCCGCGGACCUUUGCGAGCCAUGAAACAUUUUCUUCUGGGGAUAAAGGACGAAAAUUUUAUUACCGAAGAUAACUAUGUGUCGGAUAGUGAUCGGCGUUACAGAAAAGAGUGAAGCAAGGAAGAGGGACAAGAAUGUGGGCUGGUGUGUAGUCAGGUGACAAAACACUGAAGGAAAGCAGUGACCAAAAGAACGUGAAAGAGAGGGGUUACUGUGACAGAAUAGCCUCAGGACUUGCUGAUGAGUAGAUGUAGAAAGGAAGGAAGAGAGGGAGGAUCAAACCCCAUUCCAACCCCAAUCUUCCAGAAAAGCCUGAGGAUUAGUGAUGGGAGAGCGAAGAAUCCCUUUUAGCUGAAACAGAAGUUAUGAGAACAGAAGCAGUGGUAGAUGAAUGGUCCAUGUAUCUCUGAGCAGCUAUGAAGAAGCUUCCUGGAAAACAAUAAGCAAAGGAAAACAAAUGUGUCCCAUCUCACAUGGUUCUACCCUACUAAAGACAGGAAGAUCAUAGACUGACAGAUACUGAAAUUGUAAGAGUUGGAAACUACAUUUUGCAAAGUCAUUGAACUCUGAGCUCAGUUGCAGUACUCGGGAAGCCAUGCAGGAUGAAGAUGGAUACAUCACCUUAAAUAUUAAAACUCGGAAACCAGCUCUCAUCUCCGUUGGCCCUGCGUCCUCCUCCUGGUGGCGUGUGAUGGCUUUGAUUCUGCUGAUCCUGUGCGUGGGGAUGGUUGUCGGGCUGGUGGCUCUGGGGAUUUGGUCUGUCAUGCAGCGCAAUUACCUACAAGAUGAGAAUGAAAAUCGCACAGGAACUCUGCAACAAUUAGCAAAGCGCUUCUGCCAAUAUGUAGUAAAACAAUCAGAACUAAAGGGCACUUUCAAAGGUCAUAAAUGCAGCCCCUGUGACACAAACUGGAGAUAUUAUGGAGAUAGCUGCUAUGGGUUCUUCAGGCACAACUUAACAUGGGAAGAGAGUAAGCAGUACUGCACUGACAUGAAUGCUACUCUCCUGAAGAUUGACAACCGGAACAUUGUGGAAUACAUCACAGCCAGGACUCGGUUAAUUCGUUGGGUCGGAUUAUCUCGCCAGAAGUCGAAUGAGGUCUGGAAGUGGGAGGAUGGCUCAGUUAUCUCAGAAAAUAUGUUUGAGUUUUUGGAAGAUGGAAAAGGAAAUAUGAAUUGUGCUUAUUUUCAUAAUGGGAAAAUGCACCCUACCUUCUGCGAGAACAAACAUUAUUUAAUGUGUGAGAGGAAGGCUGGCAUGACCAAGGUGGACCAACUACCUUAAUGCAAAGAGGUGGACAGGAUAACACAGAUAAGGGCUUUAUUGUACAAUAAAAGAUAUGUAUG